CAGCUGUGGGGAGAGCCUGCCCAGGCUGAGUGAGUGACAGCGACAGCCAGGAGGCCACUGAGCUCCAUAAACAAGCUGGAGCAGCUGGGAAGGUCCCCGACCCACAGCAAGCCCACACGGAGGGCUCAGACCUCAGAGGGCCACCAGGCUGCGGCUCAGAGCCCAAGCCUCAUCCCUCCUCCCCACAGGGAGCCGGGAAAAGGCCCGCCCCUGAGGACCGCCUCCUCGGACCCGCCCCUCCAUCCCCUCCGCCCUACUUCGGUUAACAACCCAAAGGUUGAAGGUUUCCCCGCGCUGACUGGUUCCAUUCCUGCUGCCCUCACUCCUCCAGGCUGUUGCGGCUUCUCUGAAAUCCAGUUUCUCCGGACGGGGCAGGCUCGGACUGGUCUCGGCAGCAUGUGGGCUCUGGUCGUCUGGCUCCUGAGCCGCCUCCCUGACAUCGAAGCCCGGUCACAUUCUCUGCACUAUUCCUACUCGGCCAUGUCAGAGCCUGACCUGCCAGUCCCUGCAUUUUCUGCCAGCGGCUUCAUAGAUAACCAGCCCUUCAUCCGCUAUAACAGCAGGAUGGAGAGGGCGGAGCCUGCUGUGGGCUGGCUGAAGGAAGACUCGGCUUACUUUGAGGAUGAGACCCAGGCCUUCAACAACAGGAAGAGGAUUUUCCAGCUGAGCCUGAGGAACAUACAGGGCUACUACAAUAGCUCUGGAGCCCAGAGUAGGAGAGCCGGCGGCUCCCGCCAGCAAGCAGGUCCUCACACCCUCCAGUUCACGUACGGCUGUGAGAUGCGGGACGGCACAAGCGGCACGGGGCACUGGCAGUACGGCUACGAUGGCAGGGACUACCUGGCCUUGGAUUUGGACUCUAUGCAGUACACGGCAGCCACGUUCAUUGCUGGCUACACCAAGCGGAAGUGGGAAAACAGCGAGUACUGGCUGGAGAGAGAGAAGAGCUACUUGGAGAAGGAAUGCGUAUUGUGGCUGCAGAGAUACUUGAUCCUAGGAGGAAAGACCAUUCUCCGGACUGACACUCCCCAGACAAGAGUGACCCACCACCCCAGACCUCAAGGGGGCGCCAGCCUGAGGUGCUGGGCCCUGGGCUUCUACCCUGCUGACAUCUCCCUGACCUGGCAGUUGGAUGGGGAGGACCUGACCAAGGAUAUGGAGCUGGGGGAGACCAGGCCUUCAGGGGAUGGAACCUUCCAGAAGUGGGCAGCUGUGGUGGUGCCUCCUGGGAAGGAGCAGCAUUACACGUGCCAUGUGCAGCAUGAGGGUCUGCCUGAGCCCCUCACCCUGAGAUGGGAGCCUCCUCAGCCCACUUUCCCCAUCAUGGCAGUCAUUGCUGUUCUGAUUGUCCUUGGAGCUGUGGUCAUCAUUGGAGCUGUGGUGCCUGUUGUGAGGAAGAGGAGGAGAAACACAGUAAAGCACUAUGUGGGUACUGGGAAUGAACUCAGGACCUCUAGAAGAGAUCCAUUAAACAGCAAGCCAGCAAUUCAGCAAAAGCAGCUGCAGCAGCCGCCUGAUUCUCUCUAGAGCGUCUGGAAGCGGAGCGAUGACAUUUAUACUCUCCAACAGUCCAGACAGGAUGUUUUUCAACUGCAAAGACCAUGGUUCCGCACCUGCUGCUCUGACAUCCCAGAGCCCACCCCUCAGGGCCACACCUCCAAGCCCUUCCCAGCAAUCCCACCAACCCAGACCAAGCCUUCAGGAAACACAGGAGCCAUCACACCUCCACAGCUCCCCAAGGAACAGCUCAGCCAAGAGGGUAAGGAGACCCAAGGGAGACCACGCCCAUGAGCCGAGCACAUGCCACCUCGACGUCGCAGAAGCUCUUAGUCUGUGGUGGGGAACAACCAGCAUUCUCUGUGAUGAGAACCAGGCUUAUCACACUGGGGCACGCAGCAGCUGUGAGAACUGACACACCCAGAAACUAGGCUAAACUAUGCUAACUAUGAGAGGGAGGGACACCGAGGCCUCUGUGACAACCCCUCCCCCCAAACAGUAACAGGCCAGACAGAAAGCCACCGAAGAGCAGUGUGGAGGAGAUGCUGCAGUGUGGAGGAGCCGGAGUUUGGCCCUCCUCGAGGGCUGGCUCUGGCGGGGCCUGGAAGAGCAGGCACCAGAGUUUGGCUAUGCUCCAGGAGAAAACAGAUAAAGCAACCUGGACUUUUUCUUUUUUUUUUUCUAAUUUUUACUUUUACUUUUUUUUUUGGGGGGGGAGUCACACAUUGGGGUGUGUGGGAGGACUGGGAAGUGAGGGUGAUCAGAGGUCGUGAGGUAAAAUUUCCAGAGUCCAUAAAAACAUCUUUUGAAAAGGAGAAAAAGAAAAGAAACUAUGCCAAAACCUUUACUGAGGCUGGGAGAGGAACUGGUCUGAGAAAGCCCUGGGGUGGAAUUCCGAAUUUGAGCAGCGGGGACAAGGGCACAGGAAGAAAUUACAAGUGACACUUGAUAGGGUGAUGGUAGGAGGUGAGCUCUUACGUGUACAUGGAAAGAUACAGGCCAGGGGAUAGAGCCCUUGAAUUAUUAUACGUGCACUUACAGAUCGUGUGUAUGCAUGGUGUGUGCGUGUGCAUGGUGUGUGCGUGUGGAUGUAUGCAUGGUGUGUGCGUGUGGAUGUAUGCAUGGUGUGUGCGUGUGCAUGGUGUGUGCGUGUGGAUGUAUGUAUGUAUGGUGUGUUUGUGUAUGUAUGUAUGGUGUGUAGCCAUGUGUGUAUAUAUGCACGUAUGUGGCAGCUUGUGGGAUCAGUUCUCUCCUUCAGCCACGUGGGAAUCAAGCUUAAGUCCCCAGACUUGGCAGUGGAUCCUUUACUCACUGAGCCCUCCCUCAGGGAUCUCAAAAAAAAAAUUUUUUUUUGUUUUUGUUUUUUUAGAGACUAGAGUUUCUCUGUGUAGCUCUGGCUGUCCUGGAACACACUUUGUAGACCAGGCUGGCCUCAAACUCACAGAGAUCCAACUGCCUCUGCCUCCCUGAGUGCUGGGAUUAUGGCGGAGGGUGGGAAGACUUUUAAUGCUUAUCUUUUUUCCAUUUGUACUCUUUCGGUAUUUUGUGUGUAUGGGUGAUUUGCCUGCAUGAAUGUCUGUGCACACAGGUGCAUCUCGUGCCUGGACCUGUUACAGACAGCUGUGAGCCGCCAUGUCAGUGCUGGGUUAGAACCCAGGUCCUCUGGAAGAGCAGCCAGUGCUCCUAACCACUGAGCCGUCUCUCCUUCCAUCUUCCAUAGUCUGCCAUGGAGUUCAAAUUUUGUCUACUCCAGUUCAUAUUCACAAAGUUAACGGCACCAAGGUGUGGUGAAAUGACAGCUUAAAACCUGUAAUCAGCCAGGCAUGGUGGUGCACACCUUUAAUCCCAGCACUCAGGAGACACAAGCAGGAGGAUCUCUGUGACUUCAAAGACGGCCUGGUUUACCUAGCAAGUAGCCAGGGCUACCUCGAGAGUCCCUGUUCCAAAAACCCAAAUAAGGGGCUGGAGAGAUGGCUCAGCAGUUAAGAACACUGACUAUUCUUACAGGGAGCCUGGGCUCAACUCCCAGCAGCCACACGGCAGAUUAUAAAGCUCUAUCGUUCAGCUCCAGGGCCUCCUAGGGCACCAGGCACACACAAUAAGAGUAAAAGGUUUUGGGAAGGAGGGGUUCUGUUUGUUUGUUUGCCCGUUUUUGUUUUGUUUUUGAGACAGGGUCUCUCUGUGUAGUCUUGGCUGUCCUGGACUCACUUUGUAGACCAGACUGGCCUUGAACUCACAGAGACCCGCCUGUCUGCCUCUGUGUGGGACUAAAGUGCUGGGACUAAAGGUGUGUGCCACUACACCCCACCAUAAAAGUAAAAGGUAAACAGAGAUAUACUUUAAAUAAAUAUCUAGCCAACAACAAAAAAAAAAAAACUAUUUAUCUCUCCCUGGGAUCACACUGUCUUCUCCCCAGGUGCUCACAGGCGGUGCAGAGCCGAGGGGCAGACACGAAAGUUAGGAGUUUAAACGCUAGAGGAGCACACGGUGUGAGGGUGAGUCUCAGCCUUAGCACACAGCUGGGUGUGAGGGCGCACACCUGCCCGGGUUCCCAGAGGCCGGCUGCCAGGUGCUGGCGGAAGGGCAAGCCAGGCUUCGGUUAGACACCACAGUUUCAGUUUACACGGUGAAGAAGGUCUGGGGACAGGUGGUAGGCGUGGCCACACCCAGAGCUGACGUGCGCAGGAAGUAGCUGAGGCGGACAGUUAGGUUUACCGUUUAAAGCGCUAACCAGCCACGCUGACUCCCGCAGUUUCAGCUUGUACAGUUGAAACGAGCAGACACAUACAUACGUGAAGUCUCUAAAGAUGGAUAUUUUAUCAGUAUUAAAAUAAAAUUUUGUUACAUCUUUUAGGAAUUUGGCCCACGGGUGCUAAGGCGCACCAGUGAAAGCCAGAUGAGCGCUUGUAGGCGUGGGUUCUCACCAUUAACGUGGGUCCAAGAGCGUGAACAUGUCAUCAAGCGUGGUGACACCUCCUUCACCUCCUUCUGCCCGGCCCAGUUUCCCAGUGAGUGAGAAACCUGUUUCCCCAAUUCCCAUUGAAGCAAGCGUAAGCGUCAAGGUACAGCAGGCCGGGGCUAUGCGGGGCAUAAAGUAACAGUGUGACUGUAUCAGAUAGAGAGUCUAAUCAGGUCUGGAACAAGAGAAAGAAAAAGCAGCAGCGAUGGAGCUGCUCCCCACAGGUGUUCAGCCCCCUCCCGCUGCGGCUCACAAGGUCUCAGUGUCCUGGUGCCGCCAGACCACCUCUGCCCCGCCAGCCUCUCACAUCGACCACAGCUGGGGAUCCUGUAAAACCCCAGUCUGUCUCUCCCAUCUCCCAGUCUCUGUCUCUCCCCUCUCUGCUGGCCAACAGCAUGACGUGAAGGAAUAUUCAGGGGACUUCUGAGGUGAGGUCAGAGAUCCCUGAGGUCUUCCUCACUGCUCUGUUACUGUGAAGAGACACUGUGGUCAAGGCAGCUCUUAUAAAUAAAGAAAGCACUGAACUGAA